CAACAAAAGUGCACGGAUGUGUUGUGUCGAGUUGCUCUUGUAAAAAACCGUCGAUCUCUCGGCGAUAUUAUCCUGACGAGCAAAAGGAAAUAAACAAAAACAUCUACUCGAACACACGGCCAACAAUAAAAUGUACGGAUUCGUCAACUACGCUUUGGAACUGUUGGUGCUGAAGACAUUCGGCGAGGAGACAUGGGAGCGAAUCAAAAAAGAAGCGGAGGUCACCAUGGACGGACAGUUUUUGGUCAGGCAAAUCUACGACGACGAGAUCACCUAUAACUUGGUGUCGUCGGCCGCGGAAAUUCUAAAGCUGCCAGCCAACAGCAUACUGGAGCUGUUUGGCAAAAUGUUUUUCGAGUUCUGCCAAGAUUCCGGUUAUGAUAAAAUCCUACAGGUGUUGGGAGCAACACCCCGGGAUUUCCUUCAAAAUCUGGACGCCCUGCACGACCAUUUGGGAACACUGUACCCAGGAAUGAAAGCUCCGUCGUUUCGGUGCACCGAAAGACCCGAAGACGGCGCCCUAGUCCUGCACUACUAUUCGGACAGGCCCGGGCUCGAGUACAUAGUCAUCGGCAUCGUCAAGACCGUGGCCAGUAAACUGCACAACACCGAAGUAGAAGUGGAAAUUUUGCAAACCAAAGAACAAUGCGAUCACGUUCAGUUUUUAAUAACCGAGAAAAACACGGCGGGCCAGCGCCAAAACGACCAGACCGCAGAAGUGGAAACGCUAUCGCAAGAACCGAAAAUCAGCCCGGCCACGUUCUGCCACGUGUUCCCGUUUCAUCUGAUGUUCGACAGAGACUUGAACGUCCUUCAAACCGGUUGCACUAUAGCCAGAGUAAUACCAUCGGUACAGGGGCCGGCGCCUUGCAAACUAACACACAUACUAUACCCCGUAAGACCUCAUUUGGAAUUGACGUUCGACAACAUUCUGGCUCACAUCAACACCGUUUAUGUUCUGAACACGAAACCUGGUAUCAUGGAUGUCGACUCCGGCGAUAGUUGUCCAAUAUCAUUGCGUCUCAAAGGUCAGAUGUUGUACGUGCCGGAAACGGAUCUCAUGUUGUUCCUGUGCUAUCCGAGCGUUGUCAACCUGGACGAUUUGACCAAGCGACGGCUUUACAUCAGCGACAUACCCUUGCACGACGCCACCAGAGAUCUAGUGUUGAUGUCCGAACAAUUCGAAGCCGACUAUCAGCUGACCAGGGACUUGGAAUUUUUGACCGACAAACUCCAACAGACCUACAGGGAGUUGGAGAGCGAAAAACAAAAAACCGACAGACUACUCUACUCGGUGCUUCCGAUCAGCGUGGCGACAGAGUUACGGCACAAGCGUCCGGUUCCGCCGAAGAGAUUCGAAUGCGUGACACUACUGUUUUCCGGCAUAGUCGGUUUCAGCGACUAUUGUGCGGGUCACGCGGACUCGAAAGGGGCCAUGAAAAUCGUUCGGAUGCUCAACCAGCUCUACACGGCUUUCGAUGUGCUCACCGAUCCGAAGAAGAACCCAAACGUGUACAAGGUGGAAACCGUGGGCGACAAGUACAUGGCGGUCAGCGGACUUCCAGAACCUUGCGAAGAUCACGUCCGGUGCAUUGCCCGCCUGGCCUUGGACAUGAUGGAUCUCAGCAGCACGGUUAUUGUGGACGGCGUACCUGUGCGGAUCACUAUUGGCAUACACAGCGGCGAGGUGGUGACGGGCGUGAUAGGCCAUCGCAUGCCUAGAUACUGUUUGUUCGGCAACACUGUGAAUUUGACCAGCAGGACCGAGACCACCGGCAUACCCGGCAAAAUCAACGUCUCGGAAAACGCGUACAACGUUUUGAUUCAAAAUAACAACUGGGACCCACAGUUCGAGUUCACUUACCGAGGACUUGUGACGAUGAAAGGCAAACCGGAACCGAUGAAAGUGUGGCUUUUGAACAGGAAACAAUUGAAGUGAAACAAUCAAAAGUCGCAGCCCGGCCGAAGAACAUUAUUAGACCGUGUUUUACCUGUAUUCUCCCCAUUCACCAUUUUAUCAGAUUAUUAUUAAUUUAUUGUCACUCAUAGUUUUUACUGUUUCAACAAAUAAAAUAUACCACUGUUGUAGAUUAGUAGUUGAUAUCGCUUGUAAACUAAUACACACAAUAAAAAAUAUAUCAUGCAAAUAAUAAUUAUACAACAAAUUAUACUUAUA